AUGUUAACUUCGUUGCUGUACUAUCGUGUUGUCAUCUAUCAUUGCCUCUACUGUCAUACUGUCGCUUGCUGCGCUACUGACUGCGUGGUUGCGCUACUACACUUGCACGCGUGUGCGUCGUGGACUACGUCGUCGGUCAUUGUCGCCAUUGACUUGGUUACCGCCAUUUUCUUCUUCAACUUCUUCAGUCUUGUGGUUGACGAGAGCGAUGACGAUGUGGUUGACGAGAGCGACAACGACGCUGGCGGUCCCGAAGUGUGCGACGCGCGAAACGCGUUCGUUGCUUGUGUGUGCGCGUCGUAG